AUGUUUGCUAGACAGAUCUUCCGCCCGGCCAGGACGUUGCACCAGCAAGUCCGCCGUUACGCAUCCGAGCCGCCCAAGAGCGGUGGCAACAAUGGUGUCCUCUACACAGGUAUCGGCGCUGCUGGUCUUGCUGGUGCCUACCUAUACAUGAGGGGCGGCGAUGCGCCGUCGGGGCAGAAAGGCAAUGCGCCGCCCUCAGAAGAGGCCAAGAAAAUCCCCGCUUCUACCGACGGCUCGGUCAAGAAGGCUUUCACUGGAGGCGACCAGGGCUUCGUAUCACUAGUGCUGGAGAACACCGAGGUUGUCAACCACAACACCAAGAAGCUCCGAUUCAAGCUGCCCGAGGAGGAUAUGGAGAGCGGAUUGCCCGUUGCCUCCGCCGUAAUUACCAAAUACAAGGGCCCCGAGAUGCAGAAGCCAGUCAUCCGACCAUACACACCCAUCAGCGACGUAGACCAGAAGGGCUCCGUCGACUUCAUCAUCAAGGCCUACCCCAACGGUCCUAUGUCUGAGCACAUGCACAGCAUGGAGCCAGGCCAACGGCUAGACAUCAAGGGUCCCAUCCCCAAGUUCCAGUGGAAGCCCAACAUGCACGAGCACAUUGCCUUGAUCGCUGGUGGCACCGGUAUCACCCCCAUGUGGCAGACUGCACGACACAUCUUCCGCAACCCUGAGGACAAGACCAAGGUUACGCUCGUAUACGGCAACGUCUCAGAAGAGGAUAUCCUGUUGAAGCGCGAGUGGGAGGAGUUGGAGAACACAUAUCCCCAGCGCUUCCGCGCUUUCUACGUUUUGGACAACCCGCCUGAGUCGUGGCAAGGCGGCAAGGGAUACGUGACCAAGGAACUCCUGAAGACUGUUUUGCCUGAGCCCAAGGAGGGUGACAAGAUCAAGCUGUUUGUCUGCGGACCGCCAGGCAUGUACAAGGCUAUCAGUGGAGGCAAGAAGAGCCCCAGCGACCAGGGCGAGCUUGACGGUUAUCUGAAGGAGCUUGGUUACAGCAAGGACCAGGUCUACAAGUUCUAA